AUGGGAAGACUAAGAAGAUCAAGAACUCAUAAAGAUCAAAUUCAUAAAGAUUUGAAAGAGUUAGAUGAGCAAAUGGUACAAAACCAAGAAUCAGAUCUAGAUUUGCCAGGAUUUGGAAAAUAUCCUUGCGUGGCUUGCGCAAUUAAAUUACUUAAAGAAGUUCCUUAUACACAAUCUGAAGCCGAAGCAGCCGUUGGUUAUUCUACAGAACAUUCAAGAAUUAAA